AUGUUUGACCCAAUGGAGAUGAUUCGGGGCGACAUCUGUUGCUUGGUUGCUGGUGUGGGAUUCGCAGUGAACUAUCUGCCGGUGAAGAGUUGCAACACUGGUGAUGGAAUCUUCUUUUGUGCGGCAAUGUCAGUGGGAAUCCUUUUCGUCGGCCUUCUGACUGGCAUGUUCUUGACCAGCACACAAGGACUUACCAUUCCUGCAUUCGAGCCACUCGCUGCACUGGGCGGAGCGUUGUGGAUGCUUGGGAAUCUCAUGUGUCCCAGGAUCAUCCAAAUGAUUGGACUUGGUCUUGGUUUGACGAUGUGGGAUUUGAGCAACAUGCUGGUUGGCUGGCUCAUCGGCCGCUUUGGCCUCUUCGGCAUCAAGAAGGACGAGAUCGACGAGCCAACCCUGAACCUGAUAGGAUUGAUCCUCGCCAGCGUGUCCUUGGUCUUUUUCUCCUUGUCCUCAGUCAUGAACAAUCCCGAGGUGGCUGAGAAGUCUCUCACAUUCAAAGCCAAAGACAAUGACGAGUUUAGUUGUCAAUCAACUGAACACGAACCCGACCCUGAGCGGACCCCACACCAGGAAGCAGACCUUGAAAGCAACAAGGCCGAGUCCGCAGGGCUCCCCGAAGAAGCAAUGGAUGGAGCCGAAACGCGGAUGUUUUCCAUCGUUCCCAAUGUCCACCCGCCGCAGAUGGAACGUGCCCAUUCAUGGGUCGGAGGCCUGGUCCAUCCGCGGGUGCGCAGUUCCUCCAGGGACCUUGAAGCUGCACAUAAAGAGGGUUCCAACAAGCUUACAGGACUUCCGGAAGAAACCACCUUCUUCCAGCUCUUCCUGGGUUCCAUGAUGUCUAUCAUCGCAGGCAGCCUGUUCGGGACCACGUUUGUGCUGCCGGUGGCUCUCAAGGAGGGCAGCCUAGGAGGUCAUCACAGCGCCUACAUCAUGGACUAUGUCUUUAGUCACUUCAUUGGUAUUUUCCUCACCUCCACGACCGCUCUGCUCAUCUACGUUGGGACCAUGAGGAAGAACGCCUACACGCCUUGCAACAUCGUUGUGCCCGCAAUUUGGUCUGGGGUGAUCUGGGGCAUCGCUCAGGUCGCCUGGUUUCAGGCCAACUUGGACUUGGGCUUUUCGGUUGCCUUCCCAGUGGUUGCAAGCUUGCCUGGAGUCAUCGGGUUGGUCAUUGGCAUUUGUUGCUUCAAAGAGGUGGAAAGUUAUUGGGCUCGCAUCUUCGCGGGAUUGGGUCUACUUCUGCGGAUUCCAGGUGAGGCUUUGUUGAUCGUGAAGGAAUGCGAGGAGGAUCUGGGUGAACAGGAUGAGAAUGAUCCUGAGCCUUGGAGAAGAGGAGAUGUCCGGCCUUUGGUCCGUCGCCACGCUGGAAAAGGUGGAGUGGAAGAACUACCUGGGGAGAAGCUCCAGAAUCACUUUAUUUUUAACUUCAGUGAUGAAGCGGUUGUGGGCCCAUUGGGUGUGGGGAAGGAAUGCAACUUUGGAAACCUUCGCGAGGAAGAUCCGCCCAGCAACCGUAUGCAGAUCCGGGGUGUGGCCGCGACUGGGAGCCAAAUAGAAGCACUGGUGGGGGGUGUUUCGGUGUCCGACUACUUGGUGGGGCAUUUGACCCAAGCAGACUUGACCCAGUCGCCAUGCGAGGGCAAAGCCUACGUGCAGUUUGCCACGCGCGCCUCGGCGGAGGCUGCUGCAGUCGUUCCAGUGCUGGACCGGCCCGAGAUUAUGGUCGCUUGGCUGCUUCGUCCCAAGGGCAAGGGCAGCGGCAAGGGCAAGUCCGACAGGCCGGUGGAAAACCGGGUCCUGUGUACUGAUCCGGAGGAACGGCGAAGGCUUGAAGAAAACAAAGUCAAACGUGAAGAGGUGGCGUCCAGGAAGACGGUGCUCCUCGCCAACUUCACAAACCAGAUCAAGGCCAUCAUGGCCAAGCUCACCGACCCCAAGGUCUCGGAGGGCCAGCGCGAGACGUUGCGAACCUUGCUUUUGGGUUUGAAGGAGAAGAUGGACUCGCUGACUGGUCCAGGACGCCCAGACUACAGGACGGCAACCAAUCCAAGGAGCAAGCAGCUGGACCUCCGGACUCGGCUCUUGAAGUUCCAACUCACUGAGGAGACAUCCCUGGAGGCCCUGCACGAGGAGCUCCGGAACCUGGCGGGCGAGAGCGGCGUCCGAGUGUGGCCCGACGCGGAGGGAUCUGCUGUGGCCCAGUUUAAGGAUCGCUCCAUUGCGGAGAAGAUCUUUAGCCAAAAAGCCGAGCUCAGCUGCCCGGUCGAGUGGUAUGAGCCUCCGCGAGAAAUCAGGGACGCAGAGGAUGCUCCGGAGGGCCUACCAGACGCGGGCUUUGGAGCAGAGACUCAGGAGCCUCCUUCGGCAGAGGCACCGCAAGAGCCUCCCUUCGGCGAGGAGUCGCAAGCAACUGCAGAUGCAAAGCCUCCUGAAGAAGCUACGGAUGCUCCAAAGGUGGCGGAGGAAGCACCUGCGCAGAGCGCGGAGGCAGCGAGCACUUUGGAGACGACAGAGAUCGGCACCGAAGUGAAGGCUCCAACGGAGGCGCCCGCAGCCGAGACGCCCCCAGCGGAGACGCCCCCGGAGGAGAUGCCCCCGGUGGAGCCUCCGGCUUCUGCGCCGGCACCUGUGCCAGUAGAGGCAACCAGCGAAGCCAUUGCAGAGCCUGAGAAGAAGGAAGAGGCUCUAGCCACUGCAGGUGAACCAGCAGAAGGAGCUGACUGGGGUGAUGAGGCCAAACCGGAUGGAGAAAGCACAACUUGA